GUUUGAUCUGUGACCCUGUGAGGGAAGGUUUCUCGAGGCUAUUUUUGAUGGGGUACAUUGGAAAUUAUAGCUUGUGCAUUUGUUUCCCUAAGAAAUUCGGGACCACUGAGGCAGGGCCGCCAGUGGAUGUGAAGGAGGUGUUCAUGGAGUACGCGGGAGGGGGUACCUGCAUGACGGUGGAGCAGCUGAGGCGGUUCUUGGUGGAGGUUCAAGGUGAUGCUGAAGUUUCCAUUGAAGAUGCGGAGAGGAUUGUGGAGGAAGUGCUUCAGAGGAGGCAUUAUAAUGUAAAGUUCACAAAAAAGGCUUUAAGCCUUGAAGAUUUUCAUUUUUACUUAUUCUCUGUGGAUCUCAACCCUUCUCUCCUUAAUCAGGUUCAUCAAGAUAUGACUGCUCCUCUCUCCCAUUACUUCAUUUAUACUGGUCACAAUUCAUAUUUGACUGGAAACCAAAUCAGCAGUGAUUGCAGCGAUGUUCCAAUCAUAAAGGCACUAAAGAGAGGUUUAAGAGUGGUGGAGCUUGAUUUAUGGCCAAAUUCUACAAAAGAUAAUGUGCUUGUUCUUCAUGGAUGGACCUUGACAACUCCUGUGGAGCUGAUUAAAUGUUUGAAAUCCAUUAAAGAGCAUGCUUUUUCUGCUUCUCCGUACCCUGUAAUAAUUACUUUUGAAGACCACCUUACCCCAGAUCUUCAAGCUAAAGUAGCUCAGAUGGUCACGCAAACAUUUGGAAACAUGUUGUUUUAUCCUGAUUCUGAUUGUGUGAGAGAAUUCCCUUCCCCGGAAGAACUGAGAUAUCGAAUUAUCAUAUCAACUAAACCUCCAAAGGAAUACCUUGAAGAUAAAAGCUUAUCAAGCAGAAGAAGUAACUCAGUCAAAGAAAAAGAUUCUGAUGAAGAUGUAUGGGGGAGAAUGUCACCAGACCUCACAAAUGAUGAUGAGAAGAGUGACUGUGAUACAAGUGAACAUAGUCUAUGCGAUGGUGACAAUGAAGCCUGUGAUCGUCUAUUGCGCCCAUUAGGAGCACCAGCGUACAAGAACCUAAUUUCCAUUCCAGCUGGAAAGCCUAAGGGAAAGCUAAGAGAGAAGCUAAAAGUUGAGCUAGAUAAAGUUAGACGCCUAAGUUUAAGUGAACAAAAAUUUGAAAAGGCUACUAUCUCCCAUGGAACAGAAGUUGUAAGGUUCACUCAAAGGAACAUUUUGAGGAUAUAUCCAAGGGGUACUCGGGUUAACUCCUCAAACUACAAUCCCCUAAUUGGUUGGAUGCAUGGGGCUCAAAUGGUUGCAUUAAAUAUGCAGGGAUAUGGAAAAUCUCUAUGGUUGAUGCAUGGGAUGUUUAGAUCCAACGGAGGGUGUGGCUAUGUGAAAAAGCCAGAAUUUCUGAUGAACGUGGGUCCAAAUGAUCAGGUUUUUGAUCCUAAAGCAAAGCCGCCAGUGAAGAAAAUCUUAAAAGUGAAAGUAUACAUGGGAGAUGGAUGGCAUUUAGAUUUUAAACAAAGGCACCUCAAUCAUUGGUCUCCACCAGAAUUCUACACCAGGGUUGGCAUAGAAGGAGUACCAGCAGACAAGACAAUGAGGAAAACAAAGAAAAGAAAUGGCAACUGGACCCUGGUGUGGGAUGAGGAAUUCAUAUAUCCAUUGACAGUUCCUGAAAUAGCUUUACUUCGUGUUGAAGUUCAUGAAUAUAACAUGUCAGAGAAAGACUAUUUCGCCGGCCAGACUUGCCUGCCAGUGUCCGAGUUGAGACCAGGCAUCAGGGCAGUGCCUCUCUUCAACCGCAAAGGAGAAAAGUUCACUUCACUUAGGCUUCUCAUGCGCUUUGAGUUUGUCCAAGUAGAUAUUUAGUCUUAAACAAACUUUAUCAGUACACUACUUCCCCGUAGUCGGGGAAGUUCAUGCAAAUGCAAUAGAUUUCACAGCACACUAUAUACCAAUCCCCCCAAAAGAAAAUCCAUCAAAUUUCAUUUUUGUCUUCUGUGAUUGUAAUCAAAUGUAAGGAAUUUAUAGUGCAUUACCUUUCGCAAGUCAUCUAACUUUGAAAUUGUACAACAUGAUGAUGUUUCACAAUCCUGUGUCAAAAUUGAAACUCCAAAGACUUGUAUAUCGAC